AUGGCUACUACUGCCGCAAUUAUAUCACCAGCCCUGGGACAUAGCCAAUCAGCUCGCAAGCCAGUCUCAUGGAGCAAUCUACUUGUUGGCGCCAGCAUGAAUCUUUUCCAAGUCACUUCCUUGGGCCAACCAAUGGAAGUUGUCAAAACCCAUGUCGCUGCAAACAGAGGAGAUAGUCUGCGUACAGCGAUUAGAAAGACAUGGGCUCGCGGAGGCGUUCCGGCGUUCUAUCAAGGGCUCGUCCCCUGGGCAUGGAUUGAGUGUUCAACGAAAGGUUCAAUCCUAUUCCUUGCGUCAAGCGAGGUAGAAUACUAUUCCAAAGCAUCAUUUGGAGCUUCUCCGACAAUGGCUGGGUUCUUGGGUGGUGUUGCCGGUGGAGCGGCUCAGUCUUAUCUAACAAUGGGCAUGACAACCUGCAUGAAGACUGUCGAAGUCACACGACCAAAGAAUAUCCAACCUGGAGUCCGCGUUCCUGGAACGAUGGAAAUCUUUCUUAGCAUUUUACGAAAAGAAGGAAUACGUGGUGUAAAUCGAGGAAUCAACGCUGUUACCUUGAGGCAGAUCAGUGGCUGGGCAUCUCGCAUUGGUAUCUCAAGGUUCGCUGAAGGGCACAUCCGCUCGUUCCAAUCGAAGCCAGCAGACGCAAAAUUGACUAUCGGGGAGAAGAUAGUAGCGUCGACUAUUGGCGGAGCACUGAGCUGCUGGAACCAGCCUUUCGAAGUGCUUCGUGUGGAAAUGCAGUCACUAGCUUCUGGAGAGAACAUCACAUCAAAACCGACAAUGGCUGCGACAGCGAAACGUAUAAUGGCCACAUCCGGCGCCUUGGGUUUCUUUAGAGGAGUUGUACCUCGGAUUGGAGUAGCUGCGUGGGCGACUAUCUGCAUGGUGGGCUUCGGUGAUAUUGCCAAGGAAUACGUUCGAGGGCUAGGAGUAUGA